AUGAACCGUCUUUCAUCGGCUGGGAUGACAUCGCCUGAAGCCGACGCGAGGAGCUUGAAAUUAUGGGAGAAGCGAGAAUACUUCAAAGAUCAAUUGCGCGUAUAUGGAAUCUGUGUGAAUGUUGCAAUUGCAUUGAUCAUAACCAAGGCAUCAGAAGCAACCCGUGGUCAGGCUCUUAACCAACAAAAUCAUAACACCUACAUAAAAUACCAAUCUGUGCUUAAAUCUUUGGAUGUUCAGGCUCUUGUCUUUGACUUGGAGCCAGACUAUGAAUGUCACAACAUAGAGCAAAGCAUGGCUUACUAUUGA